GCGAAUCAACCUGGCAAGUAAAUCAGCUCGUUCUAUAUUAGGCAAAUAUAAAAUUUUGUAAGCGAACUAUUUUUAUGCAAGCACAAAAAAUAUUGGUAACAGAUUAUUGAAGAAAUUUAAACAUUUUGAAGGUGUGUAGGUAGCAAGAAUGCGAAGUACAGCGGUAUUUGCGCUAGUCUGUUUGUUUUACUGCAUUACAAUCCGCGCCAAACCAAUCGAUUUAGAUGACAAAGUUGAUGAUACCAAAGAAGAUUUAGAUGAAUAUUCAAACGAAGAUAAAAAAACUGAUGUAGAAACUAAAACAACCGAAAAAAAAGACGAGGUUGAAAAAAAAGAUGACGAAUCAGAAGAUACAACUCCCUCGAAAGAAGAAUCGAAAGACAUAGAAGAUAAAAACGCAGAUGAUUCAGCCAGUGAAUCAGAUGAUAAAGAUACCGAAAAAGAAGCUGCUGAAGAAACAUCUCAGCAAGAAGUGGAGGAAAAUGAUACAGUUGAUCAAGAUGCAAAAAAAGAUGAAGUACCUGAAGAAGAGGAAGAAAACGAAAAUAGUAAAGUUGAAACCAAAGAAGAUGUUGACGAUAUAAUUGAUGAUAAACCUGAAACUGGAGCAGAAGAUAUUAAAGGUAACAAACGCGAACUUGAGGAUCUUCAUCAUGAUGAGCACGAAGGUGAGCAUCACCAUGGUGAGCACAUGGGUCAUGAUGAUGAGCACGGUCACCAUAAGCAGGAUCAUCACGAACAUGAUCAUCAUCAUCACGACCAUGGAUAUGAGUUUUAUGAAGAAUGGGGAGAACACGGGGGUCACGAAGGAGAACAUCACGGAGACGACGAAGGCGAACACCAUGGAGAUCACGAACAUGACCACCAUCAUCAUCAUAAAAGUGACCAUGGAGGACAACGAGACAUUGUUCCAUCAAACAUUGAACAGUUUGGUAAUAAAAUAGCAAUGUUUAAGCAACCUCACACGCGUGCUAAUAAAAAAUGGUGGAUGGUGGGAGACCAUUGGGAAGGUUGGGGUCAUGAUGCAUGGGAUAAACCCCAUAUUCAUCACGAAGAAGGGGGAUGGCAAUAUGAUAAUAAUGGUUUAGAUGAAGAUAAUAAAGACAGUCAUCAUAAAAGACAUAUCAAGAAAAGAAUAUCAAAAAAUCGUAAAGCCGCAAAACGCUGUGGAGAUUUAGAUCAUGAUCAUAAUGAUCAUAAACAUGUUGAAUGUGCGAAAUGUGGGUAUCAAUUUCACGAGUGCGGGUGCAACCAACACGAUGAAGACCACGAUCUCAGAGGGUGUUGGGCUUUUGGUUAUGACAAAUUUGGAGAUGAUUGGGAUGACUGGGAUCACAAUGAAAAAAAUUUUGAGCAUUUAAAACAUCUAGAGCACGAAAAAGAUGAAAAAAAGCACGAAUGUAACUAUAGAAGAAGUUGCGUUAAGCUAAUACCAAGAUUGGUUUAUGCGUUUCCAGGCUUUCCAAUGAAUAUUCCAAAUUCAGCAAAUCCUAGACCGUUCGUUUAUCCAAGCGGAAUUUCACCGCAAUAUGGGUAUGGAGUUGUUCCUUUUACUCAACCACUAAACUCUCAGGGUUUUUAUCGCCUCUGUCACGAUUGCAGCUGGUUACCAAAUGGAGGCACAAGAUGCUUAUGUAAAAGUAUGAAUUCUGAACCAAAUCUGUAUAACCGUUUACCUGAUCAAGUAUUUUUAGACUGUGAUUCUUCAAUUCACCGAUACCCGCAACCUAAUUGUAUAGCUAGACAUGUUGUUCCAAUACCAACUAUAGAAACUAGUAGUGGAGCUGAAGCAAAACAAGGAAUAGUUUAUCCUUAUGUUGGUUACGGCCCUUGGUCAGCCUAUCCAUGGUGGGGAGAUUGGUGGGGAGGUCAUGGAAAUCAUGGUUGGGGAAAAAAUGAGGGUUUAGGUCAAAAUUAUCACCAUAGUCACCACAAUAGCGGAAUUCAUUUAACAGAACCAUCGCACCUUGGUGCAUUUCAUUGUCGUGAUGUAGUUGCAAACGGAAAAGUUAAAGAUAGCGCUAGAUCAAAACGUUUCUGUUUACCUAUAGGGUAUCAAAAUUAUAAUUAUCCUUAUUGGCAUGGCUAUCCAGGUGUAGGAACAGGAUUAUGGGGAUGGGGAUGGCCCUGGAUUAAAAACAAAAUCCCAGGCUCACUAAAAAACAAAUCCAAUCCCAAUAAAUUAAAAACUCAAAAAUCUAAAAAAACUACAGAAAAAAAAGAUCGUAAAAAUACUAUACCUGAUAUUCCGAUUGAUCGAAAAAAUAAAAUUACAAAAAAACAAACAAUUCAUGUAGGAUACGGUUACGCAAGUGGUGAUAAUUACAGACUAGGGUAUGGAAUUGGUGGAAUGGGCGGAGUUGCAGGAUUUUCAAGUAACCCAGCUUUAUACCAUAACGGUUUUACUCGUUCAAAAAUACCAGGUGAUAAAAUAAAGGACAAUGCUAAUAAAAAAGUCACAAAAGCUAGUAUACCAACAUCUGAAAAUCCAGCGGAAAACUCUAAUUUAAAAACAACAAAAACGGAUAUUCCAACUCCGGAAAAUACCAAGGAAAUUACCGCAAGUAAGCGAAAUCUUCAAAACACUCCCUUAAUAGCACAAAAAUCAAACGAAAUUAAAAAUACGAUUCCAAAACCCCUUGAUAAAAUUUAGAUAACAAAUAAAAAGAAACGAGUAGAUUUGCGUUAUAGUAGAUGUUACCAAAAAAAAUUUUCAAAAUGUAAAAAUUAUAUGUUUUUGUACCUAUGAAAUCACUUGCAUACUUUUGUAAA